ACUCAGAGACGCUCGCAGAGAACAAGAGGAGACAGCUAUGGCAAACAGCAAGGAUCCUACAAACCAGCUCAGGGACCUGUUGGGGCUGAAGGACCAACUUGAGGACAUUCAGAAACGGAUGGAAGAUGAAAUAAAUGCUGGAAUUCCGGCUGGCGGCAGUCUGCUGGCGUCUCCCUUUCUCAAAGGUUUCCUGUCGGGGUACAUUGUGGCGAAGCUACGCUCAUCAGCCGUAAUGGGUGUCUUUGCUGGCGUGUGUACUGGGAUCUACGUGGCACAAAACUACCAGAUUCCCGAUGUUGAAAACACAAUUAAGGACUACUUACGCAGUCUGAAAGGUGGACAAAAGUAAAAUAUGGUACCUUAAUAUUUUCUGGCGGGAAUGAUCAACUGCUCAUCUCAAAGACCACCAACAGCAGCGACAGUCCGCAUUCUCGACCUCUUCAUCGACAAAGUCUCUCAAAGAAGAACCUGUUUUUUCUGUGUUUUCCCUUCAGUGUUCUGAAAUUACAAGUUAAAAGUUACAAGUUUAGUCACUUUUCCUUAAUGGAUGACAUCAGUGUGAUGUGUUUUCAUCCCUAAAUCUCUUUCCAGCUUUUAGAAAGUCUUCCACAGUCCCACAGAAAAAUGUUUAAGCUCUAUCAUUUUUAAAGCAUUAUCAGGGAAAUAAGUGAGACAAAUUGUAUGAAAACUGAAAUAUGUGCACUUUAAGACCAGUUUUGAUAUCUUACCAUUCAGUGCCUUCAUUUGUUUUAACUUGGUAUGCCAUAUUUGUAGCUUUAUUCACUCAUAGAUUUCACUUAUGCUGGGAAGUCGCUAUCUUAUUGCACUUGGGUUGUUACUGAGGGUCAAUAUUGUGCAAUAAUGUGCGUAUGCCACAAUUAUUUUCACUGCAUUUGCUGGAUAAAUUAGAUAAACUUUUUAAAUUAUUAUGUUAAGCUUUCUUUCAGCAUUGUACUGUGUUUCUGGUGAAACUGGAACCAUUUUGUGAUUAUUGACAAUUAUGACCUCCUUCCGUUCAUUACACACAGCUCCUGCAUGCUGUUUGUUUUGUCCUUGGAAAAAAUAAUGCCUCCAUUUUUUCUCUGUAACAUACAAUGAGUCUUUAUGAUGUUGCCUUUGUUUUUAAGUUCAGGGGUGUUGUGUUGUUGAGGAGUUUAUUUCCCAACAUCUUCGAAAAUAAAUCUUAU